AGCUCCUCCCUGAAGUUGAAGAUGGCGACUGGAGUCCUUCAGAGAGUCCGCGGGAGCUUCGCUCCGGCUACAAGGAGGACCCACGCAGCUGGACAGCUCAUGGUCUGGGUCAGGGGGUUUGCAGCAUCUGGCAGCAGAGGCAAAGAGGACAGCUGGCUCAAGUCGGUGUUUGUGAGGAAAGUUGAUCCCAGGAAAGAUGCACACUCCAACCUACUGACCAAAAAUGAGGAAAGCAACCUCUACAAAAUUCAGUUCCAUAAUGUGAAGCCAGAGUGCCAGGAUGCCUACAACAAACUCUGUGAGGAGGUUUUGCCCUCUAUCCAUGCUGAUAAGUACUACCCCUGUGAGCUGGUGGGAACCUGGAAUACGUGGUAUGGAGAACAAGACCAGGCUGUUCAUAUGUGGCGUUACAGAGGUGGAUACCCAGCUCUAACAGAAGUCAUGAACAAGCUUAGGCAGAACAAGGAGUUCACGGCCUACAGGAAGGAACGUGGAAAGAUGCUGCUGUCCCGCAGAAAUCAGCUUCUACUUGAGUUUAGUUUCUGGAACGAGCCCAUUCCCCGAGAGGGUCCCAGCAUCUACGAACUCAGGUCCUACCAGCUCAGGCCAGGAACAAUGAUCGAGUGGGGUAAUUACUGGGCCAGAGCCAUCGGAUACCGCCAGCGCAACAGCGAGGCUAUCGGAGGUUUUUUUACGCAGAUCGGAAACCUCUACAUGGUUCAUCACCUUUGGGCUUACAAAGACCUUCAGUCCCGAGAAAAGACGAGGAAUGGUGCCUGGCAACAGGAGGGCUGGCAUGAGGCCGUGUAUUACACAGUCCCCCUCAUUCAGCAUAUGGAGUCUCGGAUCAUGAUCCCAACGAAAGCUUCGCCGCUACAGUAAAAGGAGUAGUGAGCAGGAAUGUUGGAUGUCACAUCCAUAUAGAGUCCGACCUACCAUCAUUGCUACCAAAUAAAUGGUGCCCUCUUUUUUUCUUAUUUAUGCUUUAUUUCAAGAUGUCACUAGGACUGGGGAGGAAACGAUACCUGCUAUUUAUUUAAUCGUUAAAAACAGUUACUGAAAUCUAGAGAGCCCUUGACCAUGCACAUUUUAAUUUAAAUUUUGCCUGGGGGGGCUGAAGAAGGGUGA